AUGGGGCAAGGCCUGCCAAAAGCAGUGACUUCCAUAGCGCUGGAGAGAGAUGCUGGGCCUUUGUUCCAAGUGGGAAUAGCUGAGAUGAAUGGCUGGAGGCCAACGAUGGAGGAUGCCCACGUGUCUGUCAUGCGGGAUAGCUGGGGUUUCUUCGGCGUUUUCGACGGUCAUGGUGGCCAACAAUGCUCCUCUUUCGUGGCGAAACGGCUGACUGAGGAGCUAAGUUCACAACCGCUUCCAGCAGACGAUGCCACAGUGAAGUCACUCAUGCUCCGAAUAGACCAAGAGUUUCUGGAUGCCAAGCAGCCCAGCGGCUCGACCGGGACCUUUGCCUUUGUGGUUCCAUCUGCUGAGCAAGUCUUGCUUAGAGUCGGCAACAUUGGUGACAGUCGAGUCUUGCUAGGGAAGGCAGAUGGCUCCAUGGUUGAAGGUCCUGGGACUGACGGUGGACUCACCACCGAUCACAAACCGGACAACAAGGUUGAAGAAGAAAGGAUACGACGGACUGGUGGACAUGUUCAGACGGUGAUGGGGGUCGCCCGUGUGAACGGUGAUCUUGCCGUGAGUCGAGCUUUUGGUGACGCGCAGCACAAACAGACGGGUGGCCCUGCACAGGAGGAUCACCCUGUCUCAGCUGAGCCAGAAUUCACCACAGUAACUUGUGACCAUUCUGACUUUCUCCUCCUCGUCUGCGAUGGCAUAUCGGAGGGCAAUUUCCCGAACAGGGAUGUUGUGCGGUUAGCAGCAGAAGAGCUGCGGUCCAAAGAACCAGAACAGGCCGCUGCAGCCGUCUGCCGAAAAGCUUUGGAGUCUGGCUCAAUGGACAACCUCUCCUGCAUGAUCGUGCUGUUUCGAGGGAAAGAACCACCAGCAAACGGAGCAAGAAAGGAGCUCUGGCCUGGGCCUUUCAGCGAGCCAACUCAUGGAGCUUUCAGAAAGGCUUAUGCGGCCAUGGCAACUCGUGCUGGCACAUCCCUGGAAGCUGCAGUGGAGCAGAGAUACACAAUUGCUUCUCGUCAAGCGCGUGAGAUGAGCCUGACCUCCAGCCAACAAAAGAAGGACGAUUCACAUCCUGAGAAGAGCACCGAGUCCGCGAGUGGGCAAGAGUCUUUGGCAACGCUGCUGUGGACUACGCGGAAGGGCCCCGAGCAGGAUAGCCAGGAUCCUGCGCUUGGAGACCUGCGUGCUGAGCUGAUGCAGUUUGAUGCUGGCCCCCCUAACACACUUGCUGAAGGCAGCACUGAGAGAAUCCAAUGGUUCAAAGAGUGGCUUGAUGGCACAGACGUGGUUCCUUCUAUUGACCUUCAGAACAUGACGCGAGACGAACUUCUGAACAUGGUAGAUGAGGAUCCAGACCUGCUGGCAGCUGCCCGGGCGCAGGGCCUCGUUGACACGCAGACUCUGCGCGUCGUGCGCGUGGUCUCCGCAGAUGUGUUGCGCCCUGCAGUAGAGGCGCACCACACCAUAAACUGGGAUGAGCGACUGCUGUCCAUUUGCGAUCAGCAUGGGAAGGUGCUCCAAGAUGACCCAUCUGACAAGACGGCGCAGGUGAAGUUCAGGGGGAAGAUCUGCGCCAGCGUGUGGCUACCGGUGGAAUGCUUGGUGGACGAGGGCACAGAUGAGCUGAACGACACCUUGCAGACCCCUUACCAGCCUCGAAAAAUGGAGGUUGCACCAGUGGAUGUACUCCAAAAGGCUGUGGAGGAAAACAGCUGGAUCAGCUGGAAGGUAGGCAUGGCGGAGCUGGCAGGUCGCUUCGCUGUUGCUGUAGAGGAGGAGAGAUGUUAUGAAGUGACGCGCGUGCAGUUUCCCGCGCCGAUUAGUCGCGGCUACUGGCUGCCAACGUGUGCUCUGCGAGAGGCCGAUGGUUCCAUAGAGGACAUGGACCUCAGGAUAGGUUCAGAGGACUCGGAGUCUGAUGACGACGACGAUGACGAUUUUGAGUUGGAGGAGGAACGGAAAGUUUUGCGAAUGGUGCGCAUUCCGCCAGUGGUAGAGGAUGUCAAAGCCGCCUUGGAGGCGCACCCUCAACUCGAUUGGCAGGACCAGCUCGCAUCCAUUUGCGGGAAGGAGGUGGAGGUUCUUGCAGACCUCCCGAAUGACAUCUCUAUUCUCCGAUACAAUGGUUCGCAGCCAUUGCUACCUACCCACAUCCUUCAGGAUGCUGCGUCUGAGGAGGCAGCGAGCCUCACAGACGAAGGUGGCAGUGCGAAAAGGCAGCGAACUGCUUGA